UAUUGUUAAACAGUUUGUCACUUAAGAUAGCUUUAUUUUGUGUGUAUGUGCUUCUUCUGUGUAUAAGAUUACAACAGUACACUGCAAUAUUACUUUCAAUCCUAAUCUCCUCUCUCUCUCUCUGCCAAUCCUGUUUCAAUCCUAAGAGUAGCUGUCAUUAAUUUCCACAUUUGAAAGCUUAAUAUUAAUGCACUCAUUUCUCUCCAGGUCGAAGCUAGCUAUCACUGCAUUUGUAAUGGAUUUGAGGGAUGCUGCUCAACAAGGAAACACUCAGGCAUUGUACUGUGCAAUAAAGAAGGAUCCGGGAGUUUUGGACAAGAUUGAUAAGAUUCCAUUUGUUGAGACUCCUUUACACACGGCCGCAUCAAAAGGACAGAUAGAGUUUGCCAUGGAGAUAAUGAUGUUAAAGCCAUCAUUUGCUAGGAAGCUUGAUCAAGAUGGCUUCACCCCCAUGCACCUUGCUUUGAAAUUUGGACGAACCCAACUUGUGCUCCGGCUACUUGAUGUCGAUAAAGGCCUUGUCCGUGUCCAAGGAAGGGGGGGAGUGUCUCCUUUGCAUUACGCAACCGAAAAUGGAGAACUGGAUCUUCUGGUUGAAUUUCUAAAAGCUUGCCCAAUGUCUAUUGAAGAUGUGACUAAUCGAAGAGAGACCGCUCUCCAUAUCGCCCUUAACAACCAAAGAUUCGCAACUUUUCAGUUCCUGAUUGGUUGGCUUCGGCGGGCCUGGUUUAUUCGUGCAGCCUGGUUGGAAAAGAAAUUGCUGAAUUGGCAGGAUGGCGAAGGCAACACUCUGUUGCACCUUGCAGUCUUAUUAAAUGAACCCGAGGUCGUGAGGUGCAUAGUGAAUUGUAUAUCAGUUGAUAAGAACAUAAAGAAUUCAGCAAAUCAAACGGCUAUUGAAUUAAUCUUGGAAAAGAUGCAUAAAGGUGGCGACGAAGAGAUCCGCAUUAAGCGUAUGAUCUCUUCCUGGAGUAUCGUGACACUAUGUGCCAAGAUUGUUUCGUCUCCUCUUCCUGAAGUUCCACAUCUGAAAACAUUCAUAAGCUCUCGUAUCUCAAUUUUUGAGAAGUGUUACAUAUUCGUGUUCCGUGAGUAUAUGGAACUAGGAAAUGAUACGCGCAAUAUGCUGUUGGUGGUUGCUACAUUGGCUGUGACAGCUACGUACCAAGCAGCACUGAGCCCCCCGGGAGGAGUUUGGCAAGAUAACUCCAAUGCUGCAACCGAUACUGGUGCUAGUGAAUUGUUAGUGAGUCAACCAUCACAUCAGGCGGGGAGGGUAAUCAUGAGCACAGGCAAUUCAUAUCUAUUCUUCACUUUGAACACUCUAAACUUCUUUACGAACAGCAUGACAAUAAUAUUCCUCCUCCCUCUUGGUAUUACACGCCUUUUGGUCAUCUUACCUCUUUGGGCCCUCACUAUCUGCUAUUUCGCUUCAACUCAUAUCAUUUUCCGAACUACAGUUUCCUCCUCCUAUUAUUUACUGUUGCUUUUUUUGGCAUCCUUUUUUUAUGCUUUCACGAGUUAUAAUUGGUUCAAGAAGCUAAGAAACCUUAUACAGGCUUUUCAUCCAAUGGCUCGAAUGCUUGAUCCAUCAUUUAGAUGGGGUUGGUAUAAUUCUGAGUUUUAAGAGUGUGUUUUCUUUUUACAAAUGUGCUGUGAUUCCGAAUGAAGGAGCACGGUUCAGGAAACCAUGGUUUGGGAAGAACAAUAGAUGGGUCGUGAAGAGGGUAGGUUGCUGAUGGAAGUUUCAAGAAUGAAGAGUCAAUAAAGGCAUCUCACAACGAUGCCGUUUCAACCAGGGAGGAACGGUGCCGUUUCCAGUCCAAAGGGGAUGCCAGUUCAACAAUGCCAUUUAGAGGCAGCUGAUUCAACGAUGUCGUUUAGUUAUAUUUCUUAAAGUUUUAUGUUACCGUUUGUAUGCAUUUCCAUUCUAGAAUAGUCCAAUUUCUAUUAUGCUCCAACCCAUGCGUGUUUGAUGCGUGGAAGGAUUUUCUCCAGGUAGUGGGUGUAGAAGGGGGAUGUCUGCCAUGCAAAAUCAUUGUAAGGAUUGUUAUUUGGAGGAAGGGUUUGCCUCGAACAAAACCCAGCGUGACACUACUGUCACCAUUUAUCCA